GCGGGGCUAGAGAGGGCGGGGCCUGGGGGCCUCGGCGUCACCUGACCGCGGCUGGCUCGGCGCGCGGAGGCUGCUGAGUGCUGCAGGUCCCGGGGCGUCGCCAUGCCUACGACACAGCAGUCCCCGCAGGACGAGCAGGAGAAGCUGCUGGAUGAGGCUGUGCAGGCUGUCAAGGUGCAGUCCUUCCAGAUGAAGAGAUGCCUGGACAAAAACAAGCUCAUGGACGCGCUGAAACACGCCUCCAACAUGCUUGGGGAGCUGCGGACCUCCAUGCUGUCGCCCAAGAGCUACUACGAACUCUACAUGGCUAUUUCUGAUGAGCUGCACUACUUGGAGGUCUACCUGACGGACGAGUUCGCCAAAGGACGGAAGGUGGCGGAUCUCUACGAGCUGGUGCAGUACGCGGGCAACAUCAUCCCUCGGCUGUACCUGCUGAUCACGGUGGGCGUGGUGUAUGUCAAGUCUUUCCCUCAGUCCCGGAAGGACAUUCUGAAGGACCUGGUGGAGAUGUGCCGGGGGGUGCAGCACCCCCUGCGGGGCCUGUUCCUUCGCAACUACCUGCUCCAGUGCACCCGGAACAUCCUGCCCGACGAGGGGGAGCCCACCGAUGAAGAAACGACGGGCGACAUCAGUGACUCCAUGGAUUUUGUGCUCCUGAACUUUGCAGAAAUGAACAAGCUGUGGGUGCGAAUGCAGCACCAGGGCCACAGCCGCGACAGGGAGAAGCGCGAGCGGGAGCGGCAGGAGCUGCGGAUCCUGGUGGGGACCAACCUGGUGCGCCUCAGCCAGCUGGAGGGCGUCAACGUGGAGCGCUACAAGCAGAUCGUCUUGACCGGCAUAUUGGAGCAGGUCGUCAAUUGUCGGGAUGCUUUGGCUCAAGAAUACCUCAUGGAGUGUAUUAUUCAGGUUUUCCCUGACGAAUUCCACCUUCAGACCUUGAACCCUUUUCUCCGGGCCUGCGCGGAGUUACACCAGAACGUGAAUGUGAAGAACAUCAUCAUCGCUCUGAUCGACAGGCUAGCGUUGUUUGCGCACCGUGAGGACGGGCCUGGCAUCCCCGCAGACAUCAAGCUCUUCGACAUAUUCUCGCAGCAGGUGGCGACUGUGAUCCAGUCUAGACAGGACAUGCCCUCGGAGGAUGUCGUGUCCUUACAAGUCUCCCUCAUCAACCUGGCGAUGAAGUGCUACCCGGACCGAGUGGACUAUGUCGAUAAAGUUCUGGAGACGACAGUGGAGAUAUUUAACAAGCUCAACCUGGAACACAUCGCCACCAGCAGCGCGGUCUCCAAGGAGCUCACCAGGCUGCUGAAGAUCCCCGUGGACGCCUACAGCAACGUGCUGACCGUGCUGAAGCUGAGGCACUUCCACCCGCUCUUCGAGUACUUCGACUACGAGUCCAGGAAGAGCAUGAGCUGCUACGUGCUCAGCAAUGUUCUGGAUUAUAACACGGAGAUCGUCUCUCAGGACCAGGUGGACGCCAUCAUGAACCUCGUCUCCACGCUGAUCCAGGACCAGCCCGAUCAGCCCGCGGAGGACCCGGACCCCGAGGACUUCGCCGACGAGCAGAGCCUCGUGGGCCGGUUCAUCCACCUCCUGCGGUCGGAGGACCCCGACCAGCAGUACCUGAUUUUAAACACGGCACGGAAACAUUUUGGAGCUGGCGGGAACCAGCGGAUCCGCUUCACGCUGCCGCCCCUGGUGUUCGCGGCCUACCAGCUGGCCUUCCGCUACAAGCAGAAUUCCAAAGUGGACGACAAGUGGGAGAAGAAGUGCCAGAAGAUCUUCUCCUUUGCUCACCAGACCAUCAGCGCCCUGAUCAAGGCCGAGCUGGCGGAGCUGCCCCUCCGGCUGUUCCUGCAGGGCGCCCUCGCGGCCGGCGAGAUCGGCUUUGAGAACCACGAGACAGUAGCGUAUGAGUUCAUGUCCCAGGCGUUCUCUCUGUAUGAGGAUGAGAUCAGUGACUCCAAAGCCCAGCUGGCGGCCAUCACGCUGAUCAUCGGCACAUUCGAGAGGAUGAAGUGCUUCGGCGAGGAGAACCACGAGCCGCUGAGGACGCAGUGCGCUCUCGCCGCCUCCAAGCUCCUGAAGAAGCCGGACCAGGGCCGAGCCGUGAGCACCUGCGCCCAUCUCUUCUGGUCCGGCAGGAACACCGACAAGAACGGGGAGGAGCUGCAUGGAGGCAAGAGGGUCAUGGAAUGCCUGAAGAAAGCUCUGAAAAUAGCAAACCAGUGCAUGGACCCCUCGCUGCAAGUGCAACUCUUUAUAGAGAUUCUGAACAGAUACAUCUACUUUUACGAGAAGGAGAAUGAUGCGGUCACAAUUCAGGUUCUGAACCAGCUUAUCCAGAAGAUCCGAGAAGACCUCCCCAAUCUCGAGUCCAGUGAAGAGACGGAGCAGAUUGACAAGCACUUCCACAACACGCUGGAGCACCUGCGCCGCAGGCGGGAGGCCCCGGAGCCCGAGGGGCCCAUUUACGAAGGCCUCGUCCUGUGAGGGCGGCCCCUCCCCGUGCAGAGGCGUAGUCCGUAGGCCUCCCUCCCGUAGAUCGUGCCUUCAGAAAUGCUGAGUAGGCCUCCCGUCUCUCACCCGUGGUGUGUGUGACCCGGCACCUCCGGACACUCACCUUCAAGACCUUAAUAAAGUUACUCACUUCAUAAGUGUUCAGGCCGACUGAUCACCCAAAGUGGCAUGAUUGAUCUGCUAUUUAAAAUUAUCGUGAUUUGUAAAAAAACAAAAGUAUUUAAAAACCACUUCUCGCGGCUACUAAUGAAGCUCUCCUUCCUCUCUUCCUGUCCUGUUCCAUGUUGGUUGUGUCAUUUCCUCGUGACUGGGAGCACUAACCCGUGUCUGUCUCUGUUCGCUAGUCCAGUGUGAGGUUAAUUUAGGCGAAAGGAAUACUGUCUGUGAAGUUCAGCUGGGGCUCCUCCCUCAGUGCAAGAUGAGGCCCUGUGUAAUAUUUCCCCUGAAAUAGAAUAUAUUAAUGCAUGUUGGAGGCUCUAAAGCACCAUGGUCAAAACCAGAAGCUAUAUUUUGCAUAUUUGGACUCAGCCAUCAUUAAGAACCUAUGUCGUCGUCCCCUUGACAUAUUUAUCAAAAUAAUUUUGUUCUAAAUAGUAUAAAAUAGAAAAUUUGUGAUCUAUAUGAUUCAUGUAUAACCUUCAAUGUCAAUUUAGGGGGAAAUGCAUCAGACCAUUAUCACAAUUUUUUUUCACCAGUGAGAAUAAAGUUGCUAUUAACAA